CAAGCCAUGCCUAGCGUCUGCGUUUCUGGCCUGGUUUCUACCGACCCAGGUGCUGGAGCACAUUAGUCCAGCCGUGGAAGCACUGGUUUCCAAUUUUCUAACAGCCAUCGGUUCUUAUUUAUUAAGAAGAAAACCAAACAACCAAAGGGAGGGAACAUCUGAACAAGCGAGCAAAUAGAAGUAAUCAAGCGGGAAAACAGAAAGAAGAGAUGGCAGCGGAAGAUAAUGGAGAGUUCUAUCUUCGGUACUACGUAGGGCACAAAGGUAAGUUCGGCCACGAGUUCUUAGAGUUCGAGUUUCGUCCCGAUGGAAAGCUUCGCUACGCCAACAACUCCAACUACAAGAACGACACCAUGAUCCGUAAAGAAGUCUUCCUCACUCCCGCCGUCCUCAAAGAAUGCCGCAGAAUCAUCGCUGAGAGUGAGAUAAUGAAGGAAGAUGAUAACAACUGGCCCGAACCCGACCGUGUUGGGCGUCAGGAGCUUGAGAUUGUGAUGGGGAACGAGCAUAUCUCGUUUACUACUUCGAAGAUUGGGUCACUCGUUGAUGUUCAGAGCAGCAAAGAUCCCGAAGGACUUCGCAUAUUUUAUUACCUUGUUCAGGAUCUCAAGUGUUUUGUCUUCUCUCUUAUCUCACUCCAUUUUAAGAUAAAGCCUAUCUAGUCGAGGAUCACCACCUUUUCAUUACGAGGCCAGUGGGAAGAAUUGCAAUUUGUUUUCAAAGCGAUGCCGGCAUUGUUAUGCUUUUUGGAUCUGUUUUCUGGCUGCAAGUGUCUACGAGGUUUGAUUUGGACUUCUUGGGUAGUAAAUGGAUGGAAUGGAUUCAGGUUUCUGGCUGUGGGUGUCUUGUACAAACUUUUAUCUAGUUUAUAAAUAGCAUUGAUCGGCAUUAUAUCCUGAUAUCCAAUUAACGUGCUUUAUAUUGCUCUUUGUUGAUGCAUGGUAAAUUACCUAUACAUGUCAAUGGAAGUCGAAAGAAUGGAAGACAUUAAUUGGUAGUUCUUAUGACUCUUGGAAACUUGGCUUUGGCCCCUUCAAUGGUAUCCCCCCUUUUUCAUCCCA